GCAAUCAAAUGUCCACUUCUCUCCGGCGUCUUCACCAAUAACCACAAAGCACCCACCAUUACUCGUUCAACACCCACCACCCAAGCAAUUGUAGACUCCUUCAAAAUAUCAUCAGAAUGCCCCAACUUCCGACGCGAAUGCUUCCAUUACGAAACCGCCAUUCGCCAACUUAUCAAAGCCAAACACUUCUCCGGCAUCAUAGACAUCAUCGAACAUCAAAAAAGAUACCCAGAUAUCCGUAACGAGUCUUUUGUCAAAAUGUAUACUCAUGCACGUCAACUGUUCGACGAAAUGCCUCAACUAAAUUGUCCCCGCACUGUCUUUUCCUUCAAUGCCCUUCUCGAAGCGUAUCUUAAAUCGGAGAGAUAUAAUAAAAUUGCUGACUUGUUUCGUGAAUUGCCAACGAAAUUGUCCAUUGAGCCUGAUAUAGUAUCGUAUAACACCGCGAUUAAAGCCUUGUGUAAGGUUGGUUCGUUGGAUUCUGCUGUGUAUUUGAUGGAUGAGAUUGAAAAUCAUGGGAUUAAGCUGAAUACUGUGACUUGUAACACGUUAUUAAGCGCGUUUCAUGAAAAUAAAAGGUUUACUGAAGCUGAAAGUUUGUGGAUCAUGAUGGAAAAGAGAAAUAUUGUCCCUAAUCUAUGCAGUUAUAAUAUUAAAUUAAUUAGUUUGGUUAAAGCUAACGAGGUUUCAAAGGCGAUUCAGUUCUUCGAGGAGAUUGUUAGUAAGGGUUUCAAACCGGACCCGUUCAGUUAUAGUGCUAUGAUAAAAAUGUGUGUGAGAGUGAGGAACCUGGAGGAUGCUAAAAUGUGGUAUGAGAAGAUGAUGCAAAGUGGAUGCCUUCCGGAUUAUAAAUUGUUUACGACGCUUACUACUUUUGCUUGUAGCGCCCACGAUUUUGAUUUUGCACUACAUUCACGCAAAGGUAUUCAUAAUAAUGUAAUGCAGAGGGUUGUCAAUGGCUUGGUUGAGCAUUCUAAGGUUGAAAAUGCGAAAGAGCUGGUUAAGUUGGCCGAGUCUUACAAGAGCUUCCAUUACGAGCUUUCUUUGCCUUUGCAUAUCUAGUUGUUUCAGCUAUGUUUAACUCUUUUGAUAGUUUAUUUGAGCUUGUAACAAGCUUGAUCUUGCCUUUAUAUGAAAUGGUGAAAGGUCUGAGGAAUAUGCUCUGUAGAAAAUUUAGGUUGUUGCAUUUAGGUGAAGUAUGUUACAUUUUGACUGUUAACAUGCAAUCAAAUAUGAGGAUCUAAACAUCGGUUGUGGUUCCUAUAGUUCUCUUGAAAUAGUAAUAAAUACUAGUAGCUUGGAUGUCGAGAUUCUGUGGA